UCGGAUCAUUGUAUUCGGACGUAUGUAUAGCACAUUGAGGGAUGAAGCACGCAACAACAACAGGUUUAUAUCAUUAAUCAAUAUUGCCCAGCUUGAGCAAGGCCUCUAGUACUAUGUGCAAGACAGAGAAUGCUCCGAACAGUAAUUGCAGCAUAGGAUUUUGGUGUCUCGUUAAAGACAGUAGCAGAACAGGGUAAGAAUAAUGUCCAGCAUCUAAUAGAACAUAAGAUUCCCAUAAUAUGACCAGUACUUGAUUCAAUGGGCUGAAGAUCCCAUGUAUGGGUCUGAGGGAUAUGAUAAUCCACCAUCAACAACUGGGUCAUGUAUUAACCACCAGUGUUGUAUCUCUGCCCCCAUGCUAGUUGUAGCAUAUGAAUGAGCGAUACUCGGUCUUGUAAGCUGACAAUGGGGUUCAUUUUUAUCCACUUUGAACUGGUCCAGGCUGACCGCAUUUGCCCGGGUAGUGAGGAUGAGGUCCUACCUAGUGAUCAAAUCAGAUUGAUCACUGAGCGCUCAGUCUGUGUAGCAGAGCACAGUCAUUCGCUGCACGAGCAUUCCCGGCGAACAUACUCCACCGAGCAGGAACUGAAACACCUAUCAAAAACCCAAGCCCCAAGCCCCAGCAACAAAUCAAUGAGCCUGGAAUUCAGCAGGCACCAGUAUCACGAGGUUACAUCGAGAUAAUUGUUUUGGGCCAUUGACCGAGAGGGGAAACAAUCGAAAAAGAAAAGAAAAAGAAAAGAAAAAGAAAAGAAAAAGAAAAGAAAAAGAAAAGAAAAAGAAAAGAAAAAGAAAAGAAAAAGAAAAGAAAAAGGCCUAGAAAGCAUAAGCCCCGCACAGUGUUAUUGCGCAGUCACUGUUGACGGCAGCAAUGCCAUAUUCCUGGUCUCUGAGCAUGAGGAGCAGAGGCUUGUACCUAAAGGC